CACGGAGCGCUUUGAUUGGAUGAGAGACGAGGAUUCUGUUAGAUUGACAAAACCCGGUUGCUUGGCGAUACAGGGAGGAGAACGGGAUCCUAGGCUGCAGCGUGAUUGAAUGGUCCAAUGACCAUGACCACAGACCAGGAGCCACCAGUCACUGCAAAACUGUUUCACCUCAUCUUCCUCUCCACCUUUUGGGGCAUGCAGAUAUGGGUCACCUUCAUCUCGGGAUUCGUCAUGGAUAGCCAUCUAAACAGACACACCUACGGCUUUAUUCAGAGUCGACUCUUCCCUUUCUACCUGCACAUCGGCUCAGCCUGUGCUUUCUUCAACCUUGCUAUUUUUGCCAUGUACCAUCCCAGUGACCUGCUGGAUGAUAAAGAGGCCUUUCAGAUCUUUGUUUUCUUCGUGUGUGUGACUGUGGCAGCCUUGAAUGCUCAGUGGUUUGGCCAGUUAACCUCAGAGAUCAUGGCGGACAUGCACAUGAUUGAGCAGGCAUGCGGGCUUGGCCAGGACAUCGGGCUCUCAUCCAACCGCGAAGCCUACUCCAAACUGUGCAACAAAGACCCCAAGUACAAGAAGCUGAGCAACCAGCUAUGGCUUUACCACCUCCUCUCAUCUCUCUGUAACCUCUGCUGUAUUGUGUGCAAUGGCUAUAGCCUUUAUUACCUGGCAGAAAACCUGACAACACUUUAAUGUUCAGUCAGAUCAUUUUUGCACACAACAAUGCAGUUUAUGCCACAUUUGUGCACUUAAUAUGUCUAUAACCUGUCUAAAUGCUGAUAAUGUAGUUGUUAGAAUUUCUUGCUCUUUCUUUAACUUUUUUGUACUAUUUUUUGUUGUACUAUAGUAUCUAGUGUAAUACAGGUCAUUGGCAUACUUGCACUUAUUUGAUGCAUAAGAUUCAUGGUGACAGUUUAUAAUUAGGGGUAGCUAUUAUAGCAUAUCAGAACUUAUGAUUAAUGCUGGAUAUAUAUAUAUAUAUAUAUAAUGCUGGAUAUAUAUAUGUAUAAAGGUUUGGAUAUUAACAAAAAUGCAUUGCCACCACGGAGCUACAUAAACGAUUUCAAUAAUUAACAGGCACUCAUAAAUUAUUUAACACAGGACUAUGAAGGAAUACUUUAAUAAUUUUUUAAAGGUCAAAUCAGCUACUUCUUAUUGGGGUUAGUAAUUAGGUAGUUCAGGGUUGUAAAUGUCGAAGGUGGAUUAAUCACUUUGUUGGUGCUGGUUGGGACAAGAAUAUUUUAUGGUCAGUCUACUAUAGUGAUUUUGUCUUUUAACAGUACAUGGGCCUGGACAAGCAUACCAGGACAGCUUGCCUUAUGGGUUAGCAAAAAAUAUCACAUGUUUUCAACUGACAAUACCUAUUGUGAUGUAAUUUAUAUAUAUUUUAUUUAUAUGUGUAUGUAUAAAUUAAAAGUUCAAUUAUCUUGAA